AACAUUGCUAAAAAUAAUGCUCACUACCACUACGACCAGUUAAUUUCAAUGAAUGAGAACAAUAUUUCUUUUACCGUUUCAGAACUCAUUUAGGAAAUUGAGGAACAAAUCAUGAUCAGCGAUUUCAUUGUAUCUUAUCAUAUUUAAAGAAUCAGAUCUUUUCUAAUUUUAUAAUGGAUAAAGAAAGAUUUUCCCUUCUACAGCUGGAUCCUGGAGAAAUUUAUUUUGAGGAUUUCAGUGUUAUUUUCAUUCCUGCUGGUACAUCAAAGGGUACCUAUGAUUCUAAAAAGCAGGAUGGUAGAUUGAAAAUGUGCUCAAAGUCUUUAGUAUUUGAUCCGAAAGAUAUAACCAAACCUUUACUAAAAAUUCCCUUGAAAGAUUGUACUGUUAUAGAGCAAUGGAAAGGUAGUUCGAAAUUUAUUGACAGUAAAAAUGUUUUGGUAGUGAAUUCAAAGGAAUAUAUUGAAAUGUUUGAGUGUAAUAUAAUUGCACCAUAUAUUUACAAAGGUUCUGCAAAUUUUCUCUUCAUUCUAAAGUAUGGGAAUAUAAUUAAUUGUUUACCUCAAAUAUGUCAGUUGCACAGAGCUAGCAGUUUGCCAGCAGCUGAACAAAUUGAUAUGAUAGCUACAAUUGUCCAUUCAAGACAGGCAAGAGUUAGUUUCGAUCAACUCUGGUUAGAUUUAUAUGAAAAAGUCGUAUUAGAAACUCAAGUUGAUAAAGUAACUCCAUUAGUAGUCAAUCCAGGGCGUAUUUUGCUUUCAACUUCAAGGAUAUUCUUCCAGCCUUAUAAUAACGUUGAACCACAUCCAGUUAUCAAAAUAAACCUGAGCAGUAUAAAGCAGAUACUCAAAAGGCGAUUUCUGCUUCGUCAUACGGGUCUAGAAAUUUAUUCUAAUGAAAACAGUCUGAUUCCUCAUAUUUAUGUUUCAUUUUCGAGUAGAAAAGAAAGAGAUCAUUUUUAUGAUGAACUUAUAAGACAACCAGAGUUCAAAUUGAGUGAAAUCACACCCAGUGUGAUGACUCUCCAGUGGCAGAAUGGUAUUAUUUCCAAUUAUGAGUACCUACUGUAUAUAAACAGUUUAGGAGAUAGAACAAUCAAUGACCUUACACAGUAUCCCGUCUUCCCUUGGAUCAUAUCAAACUACUGUAGUGAAGAAUUAGAUCUUAGUGAUCCACAAAACUACAGAGAUCUAUCCAAACCAGUGGGUGCACUGAACCCUUCGAGGCUUCAGAAGCUGUUGGAGCGCUAUGAAGAGAUGACUGAUCCAAAAUUUCUGUAUGGAUCCCAUUAUUCAACACCAGGUUUCGUAUUAUUCUAUUUAGCUAGGCUCUAUCCUCACUACGUUCUGUGUCUUCAAAGUGGUAGGUUUGACCAUCCAGACAGAAUGUUCAAUUCUCUGUGUGACGUUUAUAAAAACUGCCUAAACAACAUGUCAGACUUCAAGGAACUUAUACCGGAAUUUUAUGAUACAACACAAAAAGGGAAGUUUCUGGUGAAUGACAUGGGGAUCAAUUUUGGAUACAGAUAUAAUGGUGUGAAGGUGGGAGAUGUUGAGCUACCUCCAUGGGCCAAGAACUCUAGAGAUUUAGUGGAGAAAUUGAGUGAGGCUCUAGAAAGUGAUAUUGUUUCUGAUAAUCUACAUUCUUGGAUUGAUCUCAUUUUUGGCUAUAAACAGCAGGGUGAAGAGGCCAAGAAAGCAAACAAUCUUUUUUACUAUCUUUGCUAUGAAGGCAAUGUUGAUCUAGAUUCAAUCACCGACUUGAAUCAGCGUCAUGCAUUAGAGGUGCAAAUAAUGGAAUUUGGUCAGAUUCCAAAACAGGUGUUCACGGUGCCUCAUCCAAGAAGAAAAUCGAAAUUACUUCUGCUCAAGGAACCUUCAGAUUCCCAUAGAAAACCUAAUCCUCAAGAAAAAUGGUUGCAAAUGUGUGAGGUAGAUAAUUUUGCUACCUUCAGCACUCAUAAAAAUACGGUUGGUUCUAUUUUCAUAUCCAAAGAUCAGAAGAAUAUUGUGUCAGUUGGACACGACUCUAAACUGAAGGUGUUUUCAAUGGAAACUAAGAGACAGAUUCGAAGUGCCAAUAUUGGAAAUAUGCCUCUCAGUAGUUGUGUACAAUUGCCCAAUGUUAACAUUUUAGUUGUGGGAGGCUGGGAUAAUCAGAUAGUAUUGUAUGAUUUGGACUAUGGUAAAAUAACUGAAACAGUAUUUGCCCAUGAAGAUGCUAUAACUUGCUUGUCUUGGGGUGAAACAUCAAAUCUAUUAGUCUCUGGCAGUGGUGAUUGUACAGUGAAAGUAUGGAAAGGAUUAAAUGCAGGAGGUGUUGUUAAACCUAUACAAUGUCUUUAUAAACAACUCGACCACAACAGUCAUGUUAGUUGUUUAAAAUUUGAUCAGGAAAAUGCGUUUCUUGCUGUUGGUACUGAAGAUGGAGAGGUCUACAUUUGGAAAACGUCAGAAUUUUCUUUGCAUAAAAAAUAUCAAGUGGGGUCUAGCAUAAAGUGCAUAGAUUAUAGUCCAGAUGGAACUAAAUUAGCACUUGGGGGAAUGGACGGAGUAUUUCAAAUUAUCGACACUACCGCAGGAUUGGCUGUGUUUCGUAAGAUUCUAAAUUCUAGUUUGACGUCGCUGAAGUGGAGCAGAUGUCUGCUUAUUAUAGGAUGUGAGAAUGGAAGUCUAAUGAUAUGGAAUAUUGUUGAAGUGAAGCUACUUUAUGAAUUUGUGGCACACAAAGGUGCGAUAACUACAGUGGAUAUUGCUAAAGAUGAAACAUUCAUUUGCAGUGGUGGAGGAGAUCAUCAAGUUAAAGUAUGGAAUCCAAAGUAAUAUUUAAUAUUGUGUAUUAGUUGUAUAUAUAAAUGAUUUUUUAAAGUUUUAUACAAUAUAUUUUAUUAAAAUUCUAUAACUCUA